UAGUUAUUUUUAGAAUGAGUUUGUACUGGAAAAGGAAGCAGAGAUGUACAGUACCUACGUUACUUACACACUAUAAAUCCACUAUAGUAAUAUUACCAUCUCCUGCUUAGCUACUAGAGAGUCUAGUUACUAGACUAGAUCUAUUUGAUGAAAAAUGUAUUGUUGCAAUUAACGAGCUGCAGCUUUCGACAUGGAUUUAAUAUUCUUGGAUUACAUUUGCAAAAGAAUUUAUUUAGGAAUACAAUUUAUGGAUCUACAAGAAAGGAAUCAUCAUCAUGUGCAACAGUCGUAGACCAAUUUGUGUCCAAACAUUAUCAUUGUAAAACAGUUUUACUGUUGUUACAAGUGUUGUCGGCUGGACGUACACCGGGAUUCGUUAAUAAUAUUGCUUUGUUCAGUAAUAUUAGAAACUAUUGUUAUUUUACUACAGCUUCCAAAACUAACAAUUUGAAAAAUAUAUUUAUUAACAUGGAAGGAGAUACUACAAAAGCCAUGUUAGUGACGGCAAACGUUGGCUCAAUUUUUGAAGAGCCGGAAACAAUGUUUCCUUCAUGGUUAUCAGCAUUCUAUCAGUGUCUGAAUGUGAACCAACCUUCUAUAGUAGCCCUACAUUGCCAAGAAGUAGGAGGGAAAAACUAUGAGGCUUCAAUGCAACAUGUCAAUCAUUUUAUUAAGACUUUGCUAGCAUGUGAGGAACUACAGAAGUAUGACAGAGCCAGGAUUAUCUUAGAUGAGGAUUACACUGCUUCAGAUAAAUUUACUGCAUUGGGAAGUUUGUAUUUCAUUCAUCAAGAUGUCCCAAACGUUUUGAUAUGGGAUUUUGUAGAUUGCAAGUUUAUAGAGGUGGAAGGUAGAGAGGUUUUAUCUGGCAACAUUGAAAAUGUUCCUAUCAAAGAAAAAGCGAAAUUCCCACAGCAUUUUUUCCCUGAGUUUAAAUGGUCAAGGAAAGGUUUUCUAAGGACAAGAUGGAGUGUCAAUAACUGUAUAUUUGAUUUGGUGAACAUUCACCUGUUUCAUGAUGCUAGUAACAUAGUGGCCAUGCAGUCAAGUCCAUCUGUUUAUGCAGAGAACAGACAAAGGGCAUUACUACAUACAUUACAAAGAUUUGAAAAUGAUAAAUACAGCAAAGUUCCACUUUUUAUCUUUGGAGACUUUAACUUUAGACUGGAUUCUAAUCUAUUAAUUCAAGAACUGACCAGUAAAUUAGUAGCCAAACAAUUUAGAGGUAAAAAAGAUCAAGUGAAUAAAAUAGAAUACACAGAGGAAGGCAAUGGAAAGGUUCUUCUGACUAUUGGAAGUAAAAGUUUUGAUUACUAUGAGAAGCAUUCUGAUUUGUUUUCAAAUAUGAACAAAUGGCUUCAUCAGUAUGAUACUGAGUUCCAGGCUUACAGGGAGCAGCUCAUGGAGUUUGAAAUCUCUUUCCCACCAAGCUAUCCUUUUUGUGAGAAUGUGAAAGAUGGUGUUUCUUACAUGAAGACUAGAGUCCCUUCCUGGUGUGAUAGAAUCUUGUUAACUCAUUCUGCCAAGGACAUCAUAGUGCAGGAUCUGUCCCACCCUGUUGUCUAUGAUAUUAUUGGAAAAGAAUCUUGUAUGGGAGACCAUAAGCCUGUCUAUUUGUUUUUUCAUAUCAAACCUGGCAAAGCACCUACUCCUAAAGCUGAAUUAUCUGCCCUACCAGGUACAAGUGACAUCAUCAUUCCCAGCACACAGGUCAAGAUCUCCGAGGUGGACACAACACGCUACAUACACAUUCGGCAAGGUGAAAGUUCAACCCGUGUUUUCAGAGAAACAUCUGUAUGACCAAUAAUUGGCUAGCUGUCCUAGCUUUACAGAAUACUCUCCCAUUGAUAGAUUUGUCUUUAUGUAUAGAGGUUGAAAUCCAGUCUUCUUGUGAUAUUUUUAGCCUUUGUAUAUUUUUUUUUUUUUUUUUUACUAUAAAUUAAGUGCUAGAGAAAUAGUUUUUCUUCUUAUUAUUAUGUAUACAAAUAUAUAUAUAUAUAUUGGUUUUAUAUUUCUUUACCUAUGAAAUACAACUUUUUUUUUUUUUAGCUUACUUUCAAAAUGAGUUUAGGCAAUUGACUUCUGUAUUGUCCCUGUAAAUAUUCUCAUCAAAAUCUGGUGAUAUCAAAAGUACAAUUAGAGAGUUUUGAAAACAAGAAGGUCUCUCCAGACUUCCUGUAUCUACCUCUUGUUUCUGUUUGUGUUCCUUCAAUUGGGCAUAAUAGUGACAUUGCAUAUGCAGUCAUACUAGCAUAAUCCAGACUUCAUAGAUCUUUUUUUUUUAAAUUUCUGGUAGUAUCUUGUCAGCAUUGAAUGUGUGUUUUUUAUGAUUAUAAACUAACUAGCUGCAGUGAUACAAUAUUUGUAUCUUUGAACUUAACAUUGUCCAGUGGGUGACAUGAGGUCAUGUGACAUUGUCCAGUGUGUGACAGGGGACAUGUCAUAGUCCAUUGUGUGACAAGUCACGUGACAUUACCCAGUGUGUGACAGGGGACAUGUCAUAGUCAGUGUGACAAGUCAUGUGACAUUGCCCAGUGGGUGACAGGGGAAAUGUCAUAGUCCAGUGUGUGACAAGUCAUGUGACAUUGUCCAGUGUGUGACAGGGGACAUGUCAUAGUCCAUUGUGUGACAAGUCACGUGACAUUGUCCAGUGUGUGACAGAGGACAUGUCAUAGUCUAGUAUGUGACAAGUCACAUGACAUAGUCCAUUGUGUGACAGGGGACAAUGUCUUUGGUAAAUUAUUUGCUCAUUCUAUGUUCUGCUAUAACACAAAUUUUUUUUUAAGUCCUAAAAAACAAAUUAAUUUUAUUUCAUUUUGUUUCAACCCCCCUUCUUAAACAGUUGACAAGAUAGAUCUUUUAAAAAUGAACAGUUUGUAAUCAUAUUCCAAAGUCUUGCUUAUUUAUAACUUUCUUGUCAUGGAAAAAAGUGCUUAUUCUAAAUAACCAGUUCUGAAUGUUGAUCAUUUGUUUGUUUGUUAAGUACCUGGGGCUCACAAGACUUGCGGAAAGAACACUGACAUGCUAUUUAAUAUGCUUACAAAAAUGUCUUGUCCAGAUUGUUGUUAGCUCAAAUCAGUUGUCUCGCUUGAAAGUAUUAAUCUUGGGACACUAAGAUCAUAGUUUAGUGAUUGGUAUUAGCUGCUCUCUAUGCUGCUCUCUGUAUAAACUAAUAAUAGAGCUUGUCUUCAAGUGCAAAGUAGAGGAGUACAGUAUUUCCUGUGACCACACAGUCCUAACCAUCUUCAGCAGGUGUUACAUUUAUGUUUUCUAUUAGCCAUCUACUCAUGUCUUUGGCCAAAACUUUUCUUUUGGUCCCAAAUGUGUAUCCUAUGGCCUUUCUAAGGGAUAUCUUAAGCUGUCUCAUUUCAGAAGCCAUAUGUUACCAAGUGUUUCUGUUAUACUGUUAUCCCCACCCAUGUUCUUUGGUCAUAUUUUAAACUAAGCAUGCAGCAUGCUUGUUGAAAACCAUUGAUGUGAGAAGGUCUACCAACAAGUAACUGGUCAGUAGGAAAGAAAGGUAAUUGAGCAAGCAGGGGCAAGGAAGAGAGCUCUACUCUCUAAUGACCAGAAAAGAGAAGAUUGAUUAAGUUCUGUCACUUAAUUGAAGCCAAGGCAUUCAGGACCCUCAGGACAGCUUGCAUCAUCAUGCUAAAUCAAUCAGUAGAUCAAAUAGAUCUGAAAGAAAUAAUCCAAGUUUGUACACAAUUGUCUUAUAUACUCUGAAGAGCAAUAGUUACAAAUGUGGAUCAUUGGUUGCUUGUGAUUGUAUAUAGUACAAAAAUAUAUAAGAUUGUCUUAUGACUUGACAUUAGUGAGAUACUAAAUGAAUGAUGUGUGAUCUUAUAACUUUUGUAUUUAUUUAUUAUAGAACUUGAUUUCAAUGUAAUUUUUUUAUUGUUAUUAUUUAUUGUUUGUAUACAUUGUUUUAAUCCUGGGUAAUUUUUCUAUGUAUUAUAAAAUUAAUAUUGACAAUUAAAAAGUUUCUCAAUAAACAUAAACAUUUAUGAGAUCAGAAAUUUGGUGAGGGACCCAUCGUAUAUGUCAUUGUUUGACUAUCUCUUCACACUAAAGACAUCUGGUCUCUAAGUACUGUUUCUUUAGUUGCCCUCAAAACUAUAUCAUUUACAAAGAUUGUUAGUUAAAUUUUGUCACAUAGCUCAGUAUUUCAAAACAUUACAUGUGGCAUUUACUCCAAUGUUGCUCAUAAUGGGAUAUUAUUGACUGUUUUCUAUUGAUAUGCGAUUCAUGCCUACAUAAUUGUAUUAUUAUUAAACAUUGUCUUCUUGUGCUGAGAUAUCAUCAGCAACAUACUGAGAUUGUAGUGCUUCAAGGGUUGGUCUCUACAGCAGUAUGCUUAAGUGUUCAUUCCUGAAUACUGAGUGCAUUGACUUCACCGGGGAAGGCACCCUAGUAGACAACCUUGUCAAUAGUAUACAUUAUAAGAGAUCAUUGUAAUAAUAUAUUGUAUACACUUAUCAAUUGUAUUAUACUGUCAACAUUAAUCUUUGUAUUGUAUUUCCUCAUGUGCAAUAAGUAUGCCCUUGGUAAUUAGUUUAGUCAUCACUUGCUUUUAGUUUGACUUGUUUGUCUAUCUCACCUAUUGGUUAACAGCUGUUACCUUUCUAAACAUUAUCAAUGUAUGCAUGACUCUUUCUCCUACCUUGGCUUCCAGUAGAGAGUCUCAAUGAAUGGCAUAAUAAAAGUGUAGCAGUAAUUCAUCAUGUCCAAUGAUAGGGUCAUCUCUUCUGGGCAGUUAUUACAUUGCAGUCAAAAUGAACAUUUAAAAAUGUAUAUGAUGUCCUGCGCUAAUAAUACAUCCAAUAAUUUCUUAAAUCAAAAUAGUUUUCAAUGCAAUGCAACUCAUUCUACACUUAGUCGUCAAUCCAGGCCACCUGGUUUCUGUAUAGUGAAAGCAUGCUCUAGUGCUGAGUGGAGUUCUCUCCCUUCCUCCACUCCACCAGUUGGAACAUUGCCUACAAAAACGUUUCUGCUAUUGUGUCCCAUCAGCAUCUAUGCUUAGAAAGUACAAUACACACAAAAAGUGGAACAAAUAUUCCUUUUUCAGCUUUAAUUGCUGUUGGAAACAAAACAUUUGAAAAUACUUGGUGCACAAAGUUGAUUCUGGUUGUUAUCAAAUCUUUGGAAAGGAGACUUGAAAGACCCUCCACUAUUUCGACUCUUCCAUUCCUUCCUUCAGCCUCUCCUGAAAUAAGUGAAGGAUGUUAUUCCAUAAUUAGAAAGCUGUAUGGUAAGACAAAUGCUUUGAGUCUAGUUUCUCAUUUCAAGCUCAAAUCUGCCCCUUGCAUUAUUAGUACAAACAGUUUGUAGCUGUGUUGGUCAUACACUGCUCUAGUAAACUGUUUAGACUGACCAUAUUUUGUAUUUGAAAUUCUUUGUUGAUAUUUGAUGAUAGAGUGAAUCUCAUGACUUGGUCUGAUCUGAAAUAUUUUGAAUUUGUCACAGAGUUAUGGACUCACACAACUAACAAACAAAAAAAUGUAGCAAAACAUUAUUAUUUGAAAAUUGAAUAUUUUGACUUUCUCUUUCUUGUAAUCUUUAAGAUUAAAAUAUUUUAUUCAUGAUUA